AUGUGUUCCUCGGACGACAGCGCCGCGAUAUUAUUCGAUUUCACGGCGGCCUUCCCGUCGAUCGAGCACGAGUUCAUGCCGAAGGUUUUCCAGCACCUCUCCUGGCCUCACCGGCUGCUCCGCUUCAUUGAGGUUCUGUACGCCUUCAACACUUGCGAGCUUGCCAUGGGCGGGUCCUGGCAGCAGGGUUUCGUGAUCCUUCGAGGAGUUCGCCAAAGCUGCCCACUGUCCCCGCUUCUCUUCGCGGUGGCGACAGACGCCUUGUUGCCCCGGAUAAUGCGCAAGGUUCCAGAGAGCACAUUGCGCGCGCACGCGGACGACACCGCCUUGGUGCACCAGAACAUUUGGAGAGUGCUGCCCCAGAUUGAGCUCAUCUUCUCUGAGUUCCAGAGCAUGUCGGGCUUGGCGUCGAACGUCGACAAGACAGUGUUCGUACCCCUCUCCGGGGAGAAUUUGGAGAGCACCCGCGAGCGACUGGCGCAAGCCGCGCCGCUCUGGGGUUCCAUGAGCGUCGCCCGAUGUGGCAAAUACCUGGGCUAUGUCAUCGGCCCCUGUCGCGGCGUCCUGUCUUGGGACGCCCCGAUCGGCAAAUUCGCCAAGCGGGCGCGCAUUUGGGGAGGUUUGGGCUUGAAAACCACGCUCGCCUGCCGAGCCUUCAUCCUCUCGACGUUGCUGUUCGUCUGCCUGCUGGACCCGCUACCGCAACGAGCGCUGGAAGCGGAGGAGUCCGCACUCAAGUCUUUGUUCCGGGAGCAUCCCGGCUAG